AGGAGCGUUGCGAGUGAGUUCCCAAAGGAAGAGCCGAGCAGCCCCGGGUGCCACGCACACAAUAUCUGAAAGAGAAGAAGCCUCACCACCUCGGCUCACCCCCCGACAAAAUGGCUGCUCUUGGAUACACACUGCCCUUCUAUCCGGGUCCCAAGCCAACCUUCCCAAUGGACACAGCUUUGGCUGUUAUAAUCACCAUCUUUCUGACUGCACUGGUCACCUUUAUCAUCAUCCUGCCUGGCAUCCGUGGGAAGACGAGGCUGUUCUGGAUGCUGCGGGUGGUGACCAGCUUAUUCAUCGGGGCUGUGAUCCUGGCUGUGAAUUUCAGUUCUGAGUGGUCUGUGGGCCAAGUCAACACCAACACGACAUACAAAGCCUUCAGUCCCGAGUGGGUCAGCGUGGAUGUGGGACUGCAGAUUGGGCUCGGAGGAGUCAACAUCACACUCACAGGGACCCCAGUGCAGCAACUGAAUGAAACCAUCAACUACAAUGAGGAGUUCACGUGGCGCCUGGGUGAGAGCUAUGCGGAGGAGUAUACGAAGGCACUGGAGAAGGGGCUUCCAGACCCUGUGCUCUACCUGGCUGAGAAGUUCUCCCCUCGAAGCCCAUGUGGCCUAUACAACCAGUACCGCCUAGCAGGACACUAUGCUUCAGCCAUGCUGUGGGUGGCCUUCCUCUGCUGGCUGCUGACCAACGUGAUGUUGUCUAUGCCGGUGCUGAUUUAUGGCGGCCACAUGCUGCUGGCUACUGGCCUCUUCCAGCUGUCGGCUCUGUUCUUCUUCUCCAUGGCCACAUCACUCAUAUCACCCUGUCCCUUGCGCGUGGGCACUGCUGUGCUGUCCCCUCACCAUGGGCCUGCUUUCUGGAUCACGUUGGCCACAGGACUGUUGUGUAUUCUGCUUGGGCUAGUCAUGGCAGUGGCCCACAGGAUGCAACCUCACAGACUGAAGGCUUUCUUCAACCAGAGUGCGGAGGACCCAGUGCUGGAGUGGGGUUCCGAGGAAGGGGGACCCCUGAGUCCCCGCUACAGGUCCAUGGUUGAGAGUCCCGAGACUCAGGACAUCCCCAUGUCGGAGGCUUCCUCUGAGAUAUGUUUUAAGGAGGAACACAUCAAAGAGUCUGACUGUGCCCUCUGACGGCGGCCCCCUGAGUUUCCAGACUGGCUCCAGACCUCACUGGAGCCUCCCUAAACCCGCCAGAACGGCCCAGGAGGUGGGUUUGGGUUGUAUCAGAUGCUCAGCUCCAACUUUAAAAAAAAAAGACCAAAAGUCUCAAGGUUCUGAAGAGAUGUCAGCCAUGCCUCGAAACUGCUGUUAUUAAGAAAGACAACAACGGGGAUGGUUGUUAUUCUGUAAAACAUCCACCCUCUUGGAUGCUUUGCCUCUUCAAAGUCAACCUCCCUCUCAUAACAAAUAUUUUGGGAAUCAAGUGAUCCCUCAACACCCAUCGCUUGGUUUUUGGGUGGUCUCCCCCCACCCCCCGCGCCCCACCCAUUUCUUUUUUCUGUUGCAUUCACAGCUUAUGUGACCUCUGGAUCUGCACUGUAAGGGGACCAAGCAUCUUGUUCCAGUUCUAACAUUAACCAGUUGUAUGCCACAUCCUCUUUGAGUUUCAGUUCCCAAAUAUGCUAUGUAAGAUUCUAGGACUUGGGAAGAACCGCUGAAAGAAGUCCCAGAUGUAUACAAUGUG